AUGGGGGAAGCCAGGAAACUAUAAGAGGGGGACACAAUGGGAUGCAGUAUUCAUUUCUUGUUCCAGGAUGAAGCCAUCAUAUUAUAUUUGCUUUAACAGAUCAUUUCAUCUUCUCUUUGUUAUAAUGGUGAUGAUCAUUAACAUACCUGUGUAUGAAGGUCAUACACUGAAAUCUAUUAAUACAGGAAAAUCUUACUCAAGAGAAGAGAACAAGAAUGUCUGUCAGACCCAACAAUGCAAAGAAGCAGCUAGCACUCUUCUAGAGAGUAUGAACAAAGACGUAGAUGCAUGUGAGGAUUUUUACCAAUUUGCAUGUGGAAAAUGGGUCCAGAAACAUCCAGUGCCUCCAACAGAAUCUCAUCGAAAUCAAUUUGACUUGGUUAUGGAAAAGCUUGACUACCAGCUAAAAGACAUCCUAGAAGAAAGGGAAAAUCCUUCAGAUCCUGCCCCUGUAGCUGCAUCAAAAAGGUUUUAUUCCGCAUGUAUGGACACUGAGACAGUAGAAGAAGAAGGUCUCGAUCUAUUGAAUAUUAUUUUGGAUCAACUUGGGGGAUGGCCCAUUGCUUCUGUAGAAUGGCAGCCAGAAACUUUCAGCUGGUCUGACAUGUUGGCAGUAAUGACGCGGCGUUUAGCUGUAACCCCACUCAUUUUAACUUAUGUUUAUCUGGAUCGGAAGAAUUCAAGCAGAAGUAUUAUAACAAUAGAUCAACCUCCACUAGUAUUACCAAGAUCCAUGCUAGUGGAACCAGAUGUCUAUGGUCACCAACUUCAAGCUUAUCGUAAAUGGAUCGUUGAAACUGCACAUGAAAUAGCAAAAGCCAAAAAUAUAGAUAUACCACCCACCAGAAUCCAUGUUGAUUCAUUUGAUAUUGUAGAAUUCGAAAUAGAAUUGGCAAAGUUAACUUCUCCCAAUGAAUUAAGAAGAAAUGCAUAUCGCACAUACAAUGUUUUAACCAUAAAAGAAUUACAACAGUGGACUGAUUCAGCCGAAAUUGUUAAUCCGCAAACAAGGAUUCGGUGGCUGGACUUCAUAAAAGAAAUAUUUCGACAUGUUAAUGUUCAGAUUGGUGGUGAUGAGAAGAUAGUAGUAAAAGAACUUGAUUACUUAAUCAAACUUCUGCAACUUCUGGACAGUACACCAACACGAACAAUAGCAAAUUAUUUGCACUGGAGAAUAGUAAAAACCUCCAGUAGAGAUACUACUGCAAAGAUGAGGCAACUAGCAUUUGACUUUGAAAAAGUAUUAAGUGGAGCAAAAGAGGAUCAACCACGAUGGAGAGAUUGUAUUUUCCGAACAAGUGGAUCUCUUAGUUUUGCUGUAGGUUAUAAAUAUGUGAGUCAUUAUUUUGAUUUUGAAGCCAAGAAAGCAGCUGUAGAAAUGGUUAAAAAUAUUCGUGGAGCCUUUAUUUCACAAGUCCAUGCUAUUGAUUGGAUGGAUGAAGAGACAAAGAAAGUAGCGGUUGAAAAAGCUGAAGCCAUGACGGAACUAAUUGGAUAUCCUGACUGGUAUGCUAAUGUAACUGCAUUGGAACAAUAUUAUAAAGGGACCAAGGUAGGAAAGAGCCACCUUGCUAAUGUGGUAGCUUCCAAAACUCAAAUGGUGCAUAGAGUUUUGAGUAAAUUACGUCAACCCACCGACCGCACUGAAUGGAACACAAGUCCAGAUGUUGUAAAUGCAUAUUAUAAUCCCCAAACUAACUCCAUUAUUUUCCCCGCAGGUAUUCUGCAAUCUCCAUUUUUUAACAAAGGAAGAAUAGAAGCUCUCAAUUAUGGAAGCAUUGGUGUGGUUAUUGGACAUGAAAUAACUCAUGGAUUUGAUGAUAUGGGUCGCCAAAGUGAUAAAUAUGGUAAUUUAGCACAGUGGUGGUCUGAAUCAACUAUUGAAACAUAUCUCAGAAAAUCACAAUGCUUUAUUGAUCAAUAUGACCAUUACAGAGUACCAGAAUUAGAUCAUCUUUUAAAAACUGAAGUUACUAUGAACGGGGUUACAACUCAAGGAGAAAAUAUAGCAGAUAAUGGCGGUCUGCGACAAGCAUUUUUAGCUUACCAGCAAUUUAUUCAAAACAACGGUCCUGAAAUGCGUCUUCCUGGCAUGGAAGAAUUUUCACCAGAGCAGCUGUUCUUCUUAGGCUUUGCCACAGUUUGGUGCGAGUCAACUACAAGUGAAUCUCUUCUGCAAGAGGUCUUGUCUGACCCUCACAGCCCUCACAAACUUCGUGUAUUGGGCACUCUGGCAAAUUCAGAAGAUUUUGCAAAGGCAUUCAAUUGUGCACCUGGUUCACAAAUGAACCCUAAAAUUAAAUGUAUGAUUUGGUAAUCCAUAUUUUGAAAAUUAACAACUAAAAAGGAUGAGAAAAUCUUUUUAUUUAAUGUUCCUAUGAUGAACUCUGGAUAAUUCUAAACCAGGUCUUUUUAGUAAUUUCAGAGUAGUGUAUUAUAAAAAAAAAAAAAAAAACUUUCCUAAUGUAAAAUCUAUUUAAAAUAAAUCUCGGAACUGCCACAUAAAAACUAAAAAUAAGUGUUUAUUUAUUAGUUUGUUAAAAGAAUGUUGUAUUCCACUAACAAAGAAUUUUGUUUUCCCUAUAUCUUAAAGUUAACAUGAAGAGGAGAUUUGCUUUAUAUAAUUUAAAGAUAUCAAAAUGACUUGUAAAUUUGCAUUAUUGCCACAUUAACCUCUCUCUCAAUUUGUGUAGAAAUUGAAAGAAUACCUUACAGCCACAUGAGGAGUGUCGAUGUUUUCAUUAAAAUAUUCGGGAACUCUGGGGGAAAUCUAAAAACAAUAUAACAGCUUCAAUUCUGAGAGAAAUAGGAGCAAUCUCAAGAAAACAUGCAGAGAUUAUAGUACUUCUACCCCAUAUGUCACAUAGUUAUUAUUGUUUUUUUGUUUCUCUUUUGGUGUGUGUGUGGGGGGAGGGGGGGGAGGGAACCAAAUAAAAUCAUAAAAUUGGAUUGUUUU